AUUCGUACUGGGGCAGUCGCGCCAUGGGGCCUCGGCACGGCAAGUCGCUCCUUCCCAGCAAAGGGCCGGUCCAGGCGUCCCCCGAGGACUCGUCUGCCCAAACUAUUUUGCACACCGACGUGGUGCUGUCACCCACGACAAGCACGCUCGGGAAAUGCAUGACAUUGCGCUUUGACACGCGGGGGGGGUCUACUUACGAGGAAGUGACCCGCAACGACGUGCUAACAACGAUUCGAAUUGCUGCCACGAGUGUGGCGUUUUCGGUACGUUUCUUCACGUCGUCAAGGAACUUACAUGCUCAGGCCAACAAACCCGACGGCGCGCGGUCAGCCGUGAACAUGAUGGCGUCGUCACCGCAACGGCGAAGUAAGCCGCAUUCCCGAAUCCGCCAACAGGUCGACACAGCCAUGGACAUCCCGACUGUGCACAUGCGCGAUAUCCGCAAGCUCGAUAAAAUGUUCUCCACGUCCAACGAGCCGUCCAUCACAGUGCGCCAGCAAGCCAUUCUCGUCAACUGCGAUCCGGUUCGAGCAGUCAUCAUGAGGGACUGCUGCCUCGUCUUUUUGCCCGAUGGCGCGGACAGCUUGAUCGCGCACUUGAAGGCCAACUUUAAGCUUCACAUUGCCGACGCGACGGCGUUCGAGUUUGCGGCGCUCGAAGCAAUCUUGGCGACUGUUUGUUUUACGUUUUCGACGCAAUGCAAACAAGUGAUCCCGGAAGGCCGCGCGGCGCUGGAAAAGAUGACCAAGGACGAAUCGAUCGGCGAACUCGAGAGCCUCCGAUCAAUCAAGAACACGAUGAGCGUGCUCGAGUCGCAGCUGGGCGGCAUGCGACGACUACUCAUGAACUUGCUCGAGAACGAAGCGGACUUGCACAUGAUGUACCUGACCAAAGUAAGUUGGCCAUGGUUUCAUCUAUCGGUUGCCUGAAGCGCAUUCCUGGGCCAUGUUUAGCUUUGCGAGGACCCGAAACUCGCCCAAGAUUUGUAUAGCUUCGACACGGAAGACGUCGAGUCGAUUCUGGAGCUGUACUUGCAGGUACAAUUUUCGGGCGAAUCAAGAUGUGCGUGGGGACACCGCGACCGGCUGGCUCACCCCGUGCGCGUGUAAAUGACAGGAAAUUUACGGCUCCCAGACUCGCGUCGCCCUCAUGGCCCACAACAUCGUCAACACAGAGAGCAUCGUGAUGCUCAAGCUCGACUCGAAGCGAAACUUUUUGCUGAGCGUUGAUUUGAGCCUGACGGUGUUGGGCACACUGAUCGCAAUGCCAACGUUUAUCGUGGGCGCGUUUGGCAUGAAUUUGAACUCACACAUUCAAGACACAGAGUACAUUUUCUGGAUCGUGUUUGCCCUGUGCGGUCUGUUCAUUGUCGUUGGGUACGUCGUCGUGGCAAGAUACCUCAAGGACCAAGGCAUCAACAUGUCGUGGACGUACUAAAGAUUUGAAACAUGACCUUUCCGCGUUGCAUCGCAUCGUCCUAGUGCCAAUGAAGGCGGUCGCAUGGUCCACUGUGUUAGACAACUCCGUCGUCGGUGGCGUAUGGUAGCUCUUCACCACCACCUAAUGCUACCUUCACCCAACUGCCAAGUGCACCAGCUGGAGUGCGCCUGGCGGCACAGCUUUCGCCCAUCGGUGUGGUCCAACAGGCACUGUGUUGAUCGUGGUGGCCUUGCUUCAUCGGGUUUUCAAAUGGUCUGGUUGGGUCCAGAAACCUCCCAGGCUGUGUGGGUACCAGGGGGCGUACGGAUUGACUCUAGCCCUCGAGGGAAGCGCAUGGACGGUACGCGAAGUGGGCUGCCCGAGAUCACAACACCCACCGCAACGUCG